CUUCGUCGUCGUCGCCCGCAGACGAGGCGAGGCUGCAGCGUCGGAGCGUCUGGAGCGUCAGAGCGAGCGUUUCUCGGCCUUGGCUCCGUCGCCAGCGCUCUCAUGACGAACAUCGAAUUCGCGGGCGCCCGAUCGUCCGUCAGCAUUGGUUAAAACGCGCGCAGAAUUGAGCACCGUGCAGGGUUUUGGAGUCCCUCUGCCGAAAGAGGGACUCCGAAACGAUGGUGCUUCCAGCUCAUAUCGGCGAGCCUCUUCGCUUUCUGAAAUCGGCAAGAGGACGGGAUGUCGCCACGGCUUGUGAAGGGAGAGUGCAGACCGGAGCUGAGUUCGUUGACCGCAUUGCGGGUCUCUCAAUCGGUCUGCGUCGUCUGGGAUUGCAGCCCGGAGACAGGGCUUGUAUUGCCGCAUUGAACAGCGAGUGGUACCUUGAGUGGUUGCUGGCAGUGCCAAGUGCCGGUUGUAUCAUUGCUCCACUCAAUCAUCGAUGGAGUGUGGAAGAAGCCAGUGAAGCCAUAAGAGAGGUCGGUGCAUCUUUGCUGGUUGUGGACCAUCAAUGUGUGGGAUGGUGCCCUGCUUUACUAAGACUAUGCCCGUCCUUGAAGUGGCUAGUUCGUCUCGGUAGCGGAGGACCUCAGAUUAACAGCUUCUUGAUUGAUGCAGAGUCAAUCAUCAAACUUGCGGGCCCUAAACCAGAGCUAGAGUUGGCAUGUUCACCAGACUCCAUCGCUCUGAUUUGUUUCACUUCAGGAACGACGGGUAGACCAAAAGGUGUGUCUUUGAGUCACACUGCCCUGAAUGUCCAGUCGCGGGCAAAAAUUACCGAAGUUGGCUAUUCUUCAAAUGACACCUACCUUCAUGUGGCAACUUUGUGUCAUAUUGGAGGGAUAUCAUCGGCUCUCUCCAUAGUUAUGGUAGGUGGUUGUCACAUUUUGCUGCCGAAGUUCGAAAUUCAAGCUGCCUUUCGUUCCAUCGAGGAACACAACGUCACGGCUAUGAUUGUCGUGCCAUCCUUGGUGUCUGAUAUGGCGUCUUACCACUACAACUCAGCAAGAAAUCCAAGUGAAUUUGUUAGGCCAAGGACGUUUUCCAGCAUGAGAACAGUCCUCAACGGUGCGGGGAGUCUUUCGCAGGAUCAGCUUAAAGCCAUGCAGGACAUAUUUCCUUCAGCUAAGAUCAUGUCAGCAUACGGUAUGACAGAAGCUUGUUCGUCUAUGACUUUUCUGCUCAUCCACGAUCCACAAAAAUCGGCGCCAGAAAGCUACAACAAUCUGACAUCGUUCAAUCGAACACCGAAGUCCUCGGAAAGUUGGCACACAUUUCACAAGGGCGGUGUCUGUGUGGGAAAGCCCGCUCCACAUGUGGAGAUUCAAAUUUUGACAAGAAAACCAGAGUCCUAUUUACCUGGAAUUAUCGCCAAGAAUUUUACUUCCAUGGAAAUUAAGGGACCUGACAGCAAAUCAAGCAGUAGCAGGUUGCCAGGAUUCUGGGACAGCACUCGCAAAAUGCUAUUUGCGUUGGGAGGCUCAAAACAAUCACAAUCACUGAUUCGGGAUAGAGCUCUGUCGAGCGAAGAGGAAUUAGUCGUAGGUAAUGUGCUGACAAGAGGUGCGCACGUGAUGGAGGGUUACUGGGGAAGACCUGAUAAAACAAGAGAGGCUCUGCACGCAGACGGAUGGUUAGACACAGGAGAUGUGGGCUGGAUGGAUGAAGCUGGCAGGUUAUGGCUACUUGGGCGACAAAAGGAUGUUAUAAAGAGUGGAGGGGAGAACGUGUAUGCAUCUGAGGUGGAAAGGCUUCUCGUGAAGCAUCCUGCAGUGUCAUCAGCCGCUGUAGUUGGAGUGCCUGAUCACCGACUAGGUGAAGCUGUGACCGCCAUGGUCAGGCUAAAGCCUGACUGGGUGUGGUGUGAUGGAAGGAUGGAGGCGGAAGAUGCAAUGACUGCGAAGCAAAGAACCGGCGAAAAACUGCUUCGCAGUUACUGUCAACAGCAGGGUCUUUCAAGGUACAAGGUCCCAAAAUUCAUCUUGAUGCAAGAAGAAGCGUUCCCUGUCACAACAACAGGGAAAGUAAAGAAAGACGAAGUGCGAGACAUGGCUUUAGCUCAGCUCAGUUCUAGACAGCCCACCGAGAAAUCAAUGGCUCUCAAGCACUCUGUUGCGGGAGAGGGUAAAUUUAUAAGAAGUCGUUUGUGAUGACCAAAACCGUGUAACAAGUGUGGUCCAUUGUCUUCGUCUUUUGCUUGUGGAGUUGACGUCUUCUCACAGCUGAAUAAUUUUUCCAUCGAUGGAAAGAAUAUUCAGACGCACGCUAAGUAGAUCAGCGGCGGGCUGCUCAAGUCAACUCGUUUGUGCAGUAGAGUGGGGCGGUGCGAAUCCUGCUCCUCACUAUAGCUCCGCACCAACCUGGCCAAACCUUUCCUUGUAAUUAACUACUCAACUGUUCGACUAGAACACACACGGAACCUGCCUGUCUGGCUACGUUGUGAGCUGGUAGGCUCGGCAUGCCUUCAACCUUGGGAGGCCUUCACUAUUUGUUAACACGACAAAGUGGCCGUCCUAUGUCUCAAGGUCCCUCGACACGUCCGUGCCCCUUUGCUAGCCCUCUCGUGGAUUCGGGAAGUACAUCCCCAACCUGAAUGAUUUUGGUUAGUUAUCAUCACAGAUGCUCUCAAUUUUUAUUUCCCUGGUGGUUUACGGGAGUGUGAUUUCAUUACUCUUAGUUCUCCGAUGUGGUUGACGCCCGGGAUUGCCCUAAGCACGUACAAUCGAACGUACGAUUCCCUUCCAGAAUCAAUGACAUCAAACGAUGAAAUCCUUCUACCACAAUGUACAUUUGUAAAGCCGGAACGUGGAACGUUUCUGUGGAACGUUUUUGUCUUAUCCAUGUUGGGUACCUGUAUUCGAAAGAACUGAAUCACCGUUCCAGUAUUUAGUCUACGAGUAAGUUACUGUACUCAUUCUUAUCACAAGGAAAUUGUAAUACCCAGCCAGUGUUCUUGUUGAGGG